AUGCUGGCAAAGUACAUCAUCCUCUCACUCCUCAGCUUCAUCCUUGUUAUGUCAUUUGCAUGUCCUGCAUGCAAUUAUACUGCUGUGUCAGCACAUGGUCUGUCAAUGCACCAGAACCAAUGGUGCAAAGGCCUCAGAGUUGUUUCAAAUAAUGUCAUGAAUGCCCGCUGUGAGUGCCAAGCUCUGCAGCCUCCUCCUGCACUGCAUGCUCAGUCAGAAGCUCCCUUACUCGAUGAGCCCUCACUGGGCAAGGCAAACCAGCCAGAGUUUGAGAAUCCUGAGCCAUAUGAAUUGCCAGUACAUCAUUCACCCUCGCCCCCACCACUGGCACAAGCAUCAGGUCUUCUGAAUCGCAGGUGGCAACUACCUUCACAUUACUGA